ACCAAUUUGAUCAAUUGCAGUGAAGCUCUGAAGCUUUCGACGCUGCGGUAUUAUCGUGUUCAAUACAUUCAAGCUUAUUCAUCAGCAGCAGCAGAGACCUUUGUGCCGGUAAUGAACUAACCUUGAUUCAUGAAAACUAUCAUAAAUAUACCAAUUGCCAACUCAAUUGCUUAUGUUUGGUAAAUAUUCGAAAAGUAUUAAUUACUAGAUUCUAUCUCCGAGUUAUUGUGUAUUCUUAGAUUGAUAGUACGGUAAAUCGCUUCCUAUUUUAUUGAGAAGUCGUCGUUGUUCGUCGUGUCCCAAUUUUUUUUGCCUCAGUAGACACUUAUAUACUCAACACCAGCAAAAUUCUGUUUGAUUUAGUUUUUAUUAUUCUACGAUGGGUUAUUGAUGUUACAAUGAAAGUCCAUUCGUCGAGAAACCGAGAUAUUUAGUGCCUCGAGAAAAUUCAAAUAGGAAUCUUUUAGGUUGGGUUGUUCAUAGCCAUCUAACAAACGAAUCUUCGAGGAAGGAAACCAAAACAGAAAGCGCAACGAUUCUUUCGAUCCAGUAAUUGCCAUAUUCUUGUUGAAUUACGCAGCUGUAACUCACAAUUUCCAAUUCUGCGGCUAAACUGUUUGAACACUUGCCGAGAUUCGUUGAUUGAGAAGUGUUACAACGUUCAACUGUAAAAAUGUUUUCCAUUUGCAAAGGUCACACUCAUAUGUUGAAGCAGUUAUAUUAUUUCCACGAAGGUACCACCUUAAAGAUGUUUCCCAAUUUUCGAGGUCGUAAUUACUUCUCGAAAAAAUCAUGUCACAUGCGAGAAACCGGAACAACCGUGCUUUCUAGCUCACAAGAUCAUGUUGAUUCUCCAAAGUUAGUGCAUUAUACUCUUAAUUCUAAUGUGAAACAGGGAUUCCUCAGCUUGUCAAAUAACGCUAAUUUUUCCAAGGAAUUACGUUACAUGCACAUGGAAAGGAAAAAAGAGAGAAUCGCCUACUUCAAAAGACAUGCUGAUUUCUCGAAGCAGUUAAAUUCUAUCAUAAAAAACGAAAACUUAUCUGAGGAGGUUGCUGAUUUGGUGCAAGAAUGGCUCAGACGUUUCGAUUCUCUGGGCAAAAUUGAAGCUAGUGGAAUUUCCGGAACGUUCAAUAGUUUAUUAAAAUUCAAUAUUUUUGGUACCAAAUGGAACUCCGCACAUCGAGACAAUUUCAAACAGUUAAUCAUUAAAUUGGCUGAGAGAGGAGACCAGUUAUUAAAUCCAAAUAGUCGAGAUCUUUCUAAAUUUAGCUCUUGGCACGUUGCUAAUAGUUUGUGCGCGUUAUCCAAAUGGGAUGUGUUGAAUAGCGAUAUAUGGGAAGGUUGUGUUCAAAUUAGUAACCGGAAAAUAGCUGAGGUUGAUUUGUUCAGAUCUGUAAUUAAUGGUUUGAUAUGUCGAGGAACUUGGAUACUGGAGAAUGAAACAGCUGAUCAAUUUGAUUCUCAGGGUAUCAGUAAUUGUCUGAGUUCUCUAUCGAAAUGGAACACUAACGAAUUUGAAGGAUCGAAGAAAUUUAUCAGUUGUUUAGUAAAACGAGGCAUCAAAAUUAUUGAUCAGUUCGAUUCUUUCUCUGUUUCAAACAGUUUGAAUGCUUUAUCCAGAUGGAAUAUAAGUGAUUUCGAAGGUGCCGGAGAAUUCAUCCACCUGCUGUUUGAAAAAGGAAGAUCAACCGAUGAAAGGUUCACUCCUCUGGAUAUCGUUAAAACCUUCAACGCAAUGUCCAAGUGGGACGUUGAAGAAUUGCGAGGUGCCAACGAGUUUAUAAUUUACUUAAUCAAACAAGGAACUUUGGUGACCAAUAAAUUCAAUUCCAUGGAGAUCGCGCUAAUUUUGAACGCUUUGUCCAAGUGGAACGUCGACGAGAUGCGAGAAGCUAGAGGUUUUAUUGUUUCGUUAAUCAAAAAUGGAAACUCUAUCAUCGAUACAUUUACUUGCCAAAAUAUCGCCAAUAGUUUGAAUGCGUUUAGCAAAUGGAAUAUUGAUGAAUUCCACGGUUCCAAAGAUUUUAUCGUUCGGUUGAUAAAACGAGGAAGAUCAACAACCGGUGGUUUCAAUCCUCAAGAGAUUGCCAAUAGUUUGAACGCGUUGUCUAAAUGGAAUAUUCACGAACUGAAAGGAAGUAAAGAUUUCAUAGUACAAUUGGUCAGAUGUGGAAUUCUAUCAGCUGAUACAUUCGACUCAUUGAGUAUUUCUAGCUCCUUGAAUGCUCUUUCUAAAUGGGAUAUCGACGAAGUAGAAGGAGCCAGGGAAUUAAUUACUCGAUUUAUAAAACGCGGUCGUUUGCUAAUCAAUAGAUUUAACUCACAGUGUAUUGCCAACAGCUUGAACGCUCUCAGUAAAUGGAAUGUCGACGAAUUCGAAGGAGCCAACUUGUUUAUCAUGGAACUGCUGAAGCAAGGAAAUUCUUCAGUUGGUGGUUUUGAUGCUCAAGGGAUUGCAAAUAUCUUGAAUGCUGUGUCUAAGUGGAAGAUCGACGAGCUUGAAGGAGCUAGAGAAUUCAUUGUUCGUUUAAUUUUACGUGGGAGUUCAACGAUCACCAGAUUCGAUUGCCAACAAGUUAGUAAUUGCUUAAAUGCUCUUUCUAAGUGGAACAUCGUUGAAUUGGAAGGAGCUAAGGAAUUUAUCGCAGAACUGGUCAUACAAGGGAAUUCAAUUUCUGAUGAAUUCGAUUCUCGAGGCGUCGUUAACAGCUUGAAUGCCCUAUCCAAGUGGCAUAUUUUUGGAAUACGAGCAGCUCGACAUUUCAUCGUAAAUACUGUAAAUCGUGGAAGUACUAUUGUGGAUGAAUUUAGUCCUCAAGAAAUUUCCAGCGGCUUAAACUCUGUGUGUAAAUUCAACAUUUUUGAUGACAAGAAAUGGAACGAUGAUCAGUUAAAAAACUUGAAACAUUUCAUUAUCAAACUUGCUGAAAAAGGGACCAAAAUAUGCAGUCAGUUUGAUUCUAGAAGCGUCGUCGAAAUAUUCGAUUCUUUAUCAAUAUUGGAAAUUCUGAGCAAAGAAAAAUGGACCCCAGAUGAACAGAACCGGUUGAAGAAUUUCCUGGUCAGUCUUUUGAGUCUAGAUGCUUCGUGUAAAAAUUACACUCUCCCGGAUAUUUCAGUAAUAUUUAGAACGAUAUCUGAUUGGGAUAUUCUUCAAAAUCAUGAAUUCGACUCGAAACAGAUUGAUAAGUUCAAAGGUUUCGUCAAUAAUCUGGAAAAUAGACUUCUCACCCUUGAAAAUGAACAGAAUUCAGUUCUACCUGACGUUAAUAUCAUAUUUGCCGCUCAAAUUAUCAAAGUUUUGCCUGAGCUGAAGUCUAAAGGUCUUAUUCUGUCUGAAAAUCAGUUACUGGUUUGGUUGAUGUGUUGUUUAAGUAGUAAUGUGGAGAAAUGCGGAUCUUCUCAUUUGAAGCAAAAUUUGAUUCGACGAAGUAUUUUGACUGGGUUGCAUGAUCUUUUAAAAAUUGUCAGUGAAUUGAAAGAUAAACACGGUUUGGAAGGAGCAUUUGAUGAGAGUUUGUCUAAAAUAUACAAUAAGGCGGUUGAAAUUGAUAUGAAUCAUAUUAAUGAAAUAGUAGAUGUAGUUUAUGAAUUUGAUAAAUUACAAGUAAUUCGAGAUAUGCAAUUUUUGCCCAGGUAAAUUAUCGUUUUUAAACUGUUAUAAUUUAGGUUUAAAAAUUUCUCUAGUAGAACGUGUUCUCGUAUUUGUAAGUAGGUACAUUUAUGUAAAUUUCAAUAAAUUGAUUGAGAUUGGAA